AUCUGCCCGUUUCCCAUGAGCUCAUGUGAACUAAUGCACCCGGCUGCACAAUUUAAAGCAGCCCAGAUUGAAGAUAGUGUUGUUUUGCAGUCUUCUUGCCUGACUUUACGAUGUCGCCAUUGUGGAGUUUAAGUCUGCUCUGCUUACUUGCUGGUGCAUCUUAUGCUGCCGAGGUCUGUCUCGGGGAGCUUGGUUGCUUUAAUGACCAGCCUCCAUGGGGGGGAACCACCCAAAGACCUGCCAGUGUCCUCCCGUGGGCUGCUGAGAAGUUAGGCACCCGCUUCCUUCUCUUCACCCAAAGAAACCGUUACUACCAGGAGAUUAAGACUGACUCAAACAUCCAUGCGUCAAACUACGGUGGUAUGAGAAAGACUCGAUUCAUCAUUCCUGGUUAUCUGCAUAAAGGAGAUGAGGACUGGCCACAAGAGAUGUGCAAGGUUAUGCUGAAGUGGGAGAAUGUGAACUGCAUCGCUGUGGAGUGGAAAAAGGGCGUGGGGACUCGGUAUGCUCAGGCUGCCAAUAAUGGCAGAGUGCUGGCUGCACAGGUGGCAUUCAUGAUGACAUUUCUCACGAGCAACUACAAGCAGACAGCGAAUCAGUUCCAAAUUAUUGGUCAUAGCCUUGGCGCUCAUGUUGCUGGAGAAGUUGGGAGCAAAAUCAGCGGCCUUGCACGCAUCACAGGACUGGACCCAACUGAGCCGUACUUCCAUGACACAGAUGCAGCAGUGCGCCUGGAUACAACUGAUGCCACCUUUGUAGAUGUCAUUCACACUGACGGACAUCCUUUCAGCACAAAACUUGGUCUUGGGAUGUCCCAACCCAUUGGCCAUAUUGACUUCUACCCCAACGGAGGAGAGCUGAUGCCUGGUUGCAAAGCAAACAAAGGCAAUCCAACAGACCUGGAUGCUAUCUGGGAGGGUACGAAAAGGUUUGAUGCCUGCAAUCAUAUCCGUGCCUACCAGUACUACGAGGAGAGUAUGGUUAAACCUCAAGGCUUUGUUGGGUUCCCUUGCUCCGAUGCAGCCACUUUCGCAGCUGGAAAAUGUUUCCCGUGCGCUGAUGACAAAUGUCCUCUGAUGGGCCUUUACGCGGACAGGUUCCCCUUGACUAAUAUGACCUCACAGACAAAGUACUUCCUCAACACUGGCAAUGCUAAACCCUUUGCACGUUACAGCUACAAUCUGAAGCUAACUUUGGAUGGUCCCAGCUGGUCUAACCCAGGCUUCAUGUAUGUGGCUCUCGCUGGACAAAGCGACAGCACAAAGGAAUACCAACUUCACGUGGGCACUAUGAAGCCAGGAAAGGUCUACGAAGUGCAUAUUGACGCCGAGGUUGACGUAAGUCCCGUAAAGGAAGUCAAAUUUCGGUGGAACAACCACAUCCUCAACCCCUUGAAUCCAAAAUAUGGGGCGUCGAAAGUGGAGCUGCUGAGGGCAAAAGACAAGAAAGUCACUCUCUUCUGUGGAACACAAAACGUCGCAGAGAACGUAAUUCAAUCUGUGCUUCCAUGCCAAGCGUAAUCACAAUUUACGCAAGUGGCCUUUCAAUAAAUAUCAUGAAUUCAGUUUA